AUGACUAAGUAUCAAGUUAACGAAAGAGUUAAAUACAGACUUAAUAGUGACCCUCAAGUAAAAGAAGGUAUCAUCACUGCCAUUAUAAGCGAAAAGAAAUACAGUAUUAGCGACGAUACCAAUUCUAAACAAAACACUCAUGUCGUUGUCGAGGAGAAUAUCGUUGGCAAG